GCUGCAGCUCAAACUCAAUCCCUGGUCCAGGAAUUUCCAUAUGCUUCAAGUGUGGCUGUAAAAAAGUUAGGAAACGACCGGUUCUUCCAGAGGAGGCCUUAUGUGUCACCCUGAAGGGUUUCACCUUCUACCCUUGCUACCUAAAGUGUGGGCCUCAGAGAGUGGCAGUUUGUUCUUCUCAGCCUUCAAGGUGAUUGUGAACUACCUGGGGAAUCUUCUGCCACAAUAGGUGGGACCUGGAAUUUUGCAUUUCUAGCAAGUUCUUUGGCAAAGCCAAUGCUGCUCUUCCAAAGCCCACACUUUCAGUAGCCAGACUGUGAGGACCUGAGGAGGAUGAUAUGUGGGGAACCGUAGGGAAACUCGUAUUUGCAUUUCAGGGGGGUAACCCUGCUUCCCCACCCCCCACAGGGGGGAGCUGGGAGGCUGAUGAGCAGGUGGACCUGGAGGGCUUUGACACAGAAACCUUCUUUGGGAUUCUGCUCAAGCAGUCUCUGUCGGUGACAACCAAACUCGGCCAGACCAAGGAGGAGCUCAAAGUCCUCUGCCUCAAACUUGCGAACCAAGCCCAGGCCCUCCAGCAGCUGUGGGGAGCUGAGCGUCGCAUCCCAGCCUCCAACGGCCAGCUUCUGGAGAGCCCCCAGGGGGAGCGGCGACAGGCUGCGGAGGCAGCCGCCAGGGCGGCGGAGGACGAGGCCAGGCGGAGGGGGCAACUGGCAGGCCAGUACGCAGCAAGCCUUGGUCACCAGCUGACGCUCCUUCACCAAGACCUCCGUGCAAGGCAGGAGCAGUGGGGCUCCUUCUACUCAGCGCUUGUGGCAGCUCAGCGGCUGCUGCAGGCACACUGGGGCUCCCAGCUGCAGUUCCCCCAGACUGUGCAGAAGCCAGAAGGGCCAUCGUACCCCUUCAGAGAAGUCCCUCAGCUGGAUGCUGUGCUGGACCGCUUGUCCCAGGCUGUGGUGCAGGAGGGCCACCGCCUGAAGGCCUGGGGCGUCCUGGGCUCUGGCACUGGGGCCAAGCUGCUGCAGCCAGCCUCAACAAGCCCUUCAGGGGGCCUUGAAGAUGUCCAUGUGAAUCCUGUCACCAAGUUGGUGGUUCCUGGCCCCAACUGUGCAAUGUUGCCAGCCAGCGGCUGCACCGGGCCCAUACCUCCGGGCUACUUCAUCCACCCUGACACUGGGCGGGUGCUGCCUGAGGCUGGAAAUCUGGGCUACGAUCUGCAGGAAGCUACCCUGGUGCCUACCACUGACUCCAGUUCUGGUCAGGUGCUGGCCCUGGGAGGGCUGCGAGAUGCCUCAGGGAACCUCAUGCUGCCUGGGGACCACUUUGUGGAGCCGCUGAGCGGAAACACCGUCCGGCUCCAGGGAGCUUCCCAACAGGAGGGCCGGACGGUGCCCCAUGCGGGCGGCACACAGGCCCUGCUGGAUGCCAAUGUGCUGGUGGCCCAGAAGCGUGUGAUUACAGUACUCCGCAGGUCCCAGGAGAGGCCAAGGUUGAGGAGACAGGGGCUUCUGGAGGCUGCAAUCAAGGACAUGAGACAGGCGCUGACCUUGAGUCUGCACCACGCCCUGCAGCAGGCUCGGAGGCUGCAGAGACAGCAGGAGGCAGCAGAGAGCAUCCAGGCUGGCAGCAGCAGGAUAGGAAUGAUGUGCUACCCAGGGACAGCGCUGCAGGUCCCGGUCCUGUAUGGGAUGGAGAUCCCAGACCCUGAGGGCUCAGGACUCAUGGUGCCCGUGCUGGGCAUGGCGAGUGAUGGGAACUCUGGUGACACCAUCCCUCUGGCAGGUUCAAUGGAAGAUGCCAGCGGCAAAGGUCUGGUCCCAAUUGCAAUUGGGGCUCAAGCCAUAGAUGCCUUGACUGGUGAGCCUGGUCCGGUCAUCGGUGCUCAGAUGGAUCCCUCUGCCAGAGUGGUGGUGCCCGUUGUCCAGGUGCUGGAGGCCUUACCCCGGGAAGUGAGAGACCCUGGUCUGCUGGACACCCUGGAGAAGGAGCUGAAGGCCCGGGAGCAGUACUGGUGCCACCAGGAACAUGAAGAGGCGUGGUUGGUGGAACAUCUGGUGGCCCUGAGCCAGGAGCUGUUGUCCACACCAGGCAAAGCUUCCAAGCAGCAGCUCAGAGCUGCACAGGAGGCCUGCGAGGCCCUGGAGUCCUGCUGCCUGCGGGAGAUGCAGAGGAGAGCCGGAGCCCUGAGCAGCCUGAGCAGCCCAGAGCGUGGCCUGCUCUCUCAAGCAGACAGAGAGGAGUGGGAACAGGAGGCGCAGGUGAUGCUGGGCAUGCAGAAGGUCCUGCAGAGUCUAGGGCGGGUGGCAGAAAAACUCAGGCACGCAGCGGGCUGGCUGUGGGGCCAGGAGGAGGAGAUGCGGCUACAAUGGAGCAGGAAUCAGAGCCCACAGGUCUGGAGCCGUGCCAGGAAGAUGGCUCAGCAUCUCUCCGAGGAGUUUCAGGAAGUGGUGAGGGAGAGACAGAGCUUCCUGGACAGGGCCCUGGGUCAGCUGCAGUACCAACGGGAGCUCAGCCGUCUCCACCUCUUGCACACCCAGAUCGUGGCCUCAGGAACCCCGUGUGUUUGGAGAAUUACCCUGGAGGCAGGUUUACGGAAUAAUCAGCAUGCCUCCCAGGGACCAGGCUGCAGCCUGCCCGCUGUUGAUUCCCUUCCUGAGGAGCCUCACUGCAGCAUUAGUGGGAGCCCAAGGCCAUGGCCUAGGAUUGGAGGAUGAGGGCCCAGGAACAGCCCCCAAAAGCUCUUGGCAGGACCUCCCAAAACCUGAGAUAACACAGAGGGAAGAACUAAUCACUGUGCAGCCCACAGACCUAUCUGCCAGGGAGUUUGUGGUUUACCAGUACGGCCUCUCCAUCCUGCACCUCCUCACCCCUCAGCUUCACGCUCCAGAAAUCACCCUGCAGAUUGCGUCUCAUCUUCCUGCUGUGGAAGCCUCAGACAAUCCCUUCCAAGGUUCCUUCUUCUAUCAGCAUGCUGAGAACACGCUGUUUGUUGCGAGAGAGUGUUUGGCAUCAGUGGGAAGCUUCGUUCUGCUGUUGAUCCACUGCCUGGCCCACAUCGCAGCCAAGGACCUCCACCAGGACUCCAGCCCUGCCUUUCUGAGGUCAUUUUACAAGGGGUUGAAGGCCUAUUUCAGGGAGGCCUUCGCCAUCACUCUGCGCAUGUCAGCAGUUUCCUGGGACAGUAAACUUGACCAGAGCAUCAGUGCUGUUCUGCUGGAAGAGCAGCCCAUCUCUGAAAGAGGAAGAGAUCUUCUCUCUAAACUCAUUGAAAGGAAGCAUGAGUCUCACUUGGAGCCAGAGUCAUCAGAGGAGUAUAUUAAGAAAAACAAAGACCUUCUCCUUUUUACCAACAUGGACCAUUUCCUGAAAAGCAUCCUCGCUGCAGAGCAACAAAUUCCAAGAAAACCAAGAGAUCAGCUUGGGGGUGAAGAUAAGAUCUAGAAAGAAAAAUGGACUCAUUUCAAUCUGCAUUAUUAAAAGUUAAGUAUAUCAAUGAAGCUGAUAAGAGAAUUAUUUGAAAAUAUCUAUGAGAUUCACAUAUAAAUCAGAUAAAUGUAUACUAUAAUUUGGGAUAUAUAAUAUAAUGAACUAAUAGGAGAAAAACAUGCUGACAUUUUCACUGUGACUAGAAGAUUAGACCACAUAUAAUAUUCAUUUAAAGAUAUUGACUGAACCUCUUUCUGUAAAUGUAAAAUUCUAGAAAAAUAAUCUAUCAGGCUGUCUAAUUUAUCUAAAAUUGUUUUGCUACCAAGUCACACAAAAGAGGAUGGAUAUAUUUACAAAAUACUUGGAGAUCUGGAAUGAGAAUAUAUGAAAUAUAGGCCCUAUGGCACAUACAGAAUUCACUUUGGAGGCCCUGGUUGGAACAUUUCAAAGAGGCAGUUAUCUGAAACUGAAGUUUCAGGGUGGAUUUGAACACUAAGAGAAAUACAACCACCACAUGGAUUCAGUGUGAGCUAAAAAAAAAAAAAAAAAAAAAAAAAA